AUGGACACCAUGGCUCCUCCAACUGCGGUUGCUCCCCAAGGUGCCAGAUACUCUGUCGACGCUGAGAGGAAGUAUGUUGAGUGGAUGGGCUGGUCAUUCUAUGUCGGCUUCAACAGAGAUACCGGCAUGGCUCUCUAUGACAUUCGCUACAAGGGUCAGAGGAUCUUGUACGAACUUGGUCUCCAGGAAGCUUUGGCUCACUAUGCCGGAAGCGAUCCCACCCAGUCUCAUGUGGCAUACCUUGAUACUUACUACGGUUUUGGCCCGUUUGCGUUUGAACUGCUGAAGGGAUACGACUGUCCCUCAUAUGCCACCUAUCUCAACUCAUCUUUCUACGUUUCCGAGUCAACGCACACGCACCUGAACAGCAUCUGCUUGUUUGAGUUCGACGCCGACUACCCCAUGGCUCGUCACUCGUCUCAGGACUACGUCACAGCCACCAAGAAUGUCUACUUCACCAUUCGUUCCGUCUCAACGGUUGGCAAUUAUGACUACAUGUUCAGCUACAGCUUUUUCCUCGACGGCAGCGUCGCGGUAGAAGUCCGUGCCUCCGGCUACAUCCAAGCCGCAUUCUACGCCAAGAACGACGGCUACGGCUUCAAAAUCCACGAUCAGCUGUCUGGCAGCAUGCACGACCACGUGGUCAACUUCAAGGCUGACUUUGACAUCUUUGGCACCGAAAACACGGUCCAGCGCAUGCACCAGGUCCCCACGACGCAAGUCUACCCCUGGUCCAAGGGCAAGGCGUUCAACACCAUGAAGGUGGAGCGCGAGUUCAUCGAGAACGAGGACCAGGGCCGCUUUGAUUGGAGCUACAACAACCAGGACCAACUCUUUGUGCUUAACCAGGACGUCAAAAACAAGCACGGCGAGUACCGCGCCUAUCGCAUCCUGCCGUACACCGGCGCCGCGCAUCUGACUGUCAAGGACUCGAAUAUUCUCAAGAACUCCGCUAAGUGGGCAGUUAACGACAUCAUGGUGUCGAAGCGCAAGGACACGGAGCCCCGCAGCAGUCACCCAUACAACAAUCAAGACACUGAGAACCCGCCGAUCAACUUUGAUGCGUUCUUUGACGGCGAGAGCCUCAACCAGACUGACCUCGUGAUGUGGCUCAACCUGGGCAUGCAUCACGUCCCUCAUACUGGUGACCUUCCCACUACCGUCUUCACUACGGCUCACUCCGGAAUUCAAUUCAUGCCUGCAAACUACUUCGACAUUGGCCCGAACGUGGAGACGGUCAACAUGGUCCGCAUCAAUUACUCCAACGGCACCACGACAGACGUCCUCACCUUCAACGCUGAGACGGACACAUGUGCGCUCGACUACGAGCCUACGCAGGCUGAUCUGUGGACUUACAAAGGCGAUGUGGUUGUUCGCAAGUUCCCCUACUUGCCGGAUGACCCCUACUAUGACACGGAUAGCAUCUAG